UUCUCCUUGGAAAAGAAGAUAUAGCUUUUGGAGAGAAGAACGACAAGACAGGGACAGGUCUCCUGGCGGUGUUGUAGUUUGUUCAAUUACCUAACAAACAACAAACACAAACCAAACCCAAACCUUGAGAUUUUUCACUCUCUCUUCUCUUACUCUAUUCAUUUAUUGGCACAGCACACUUUCAUUCAUAUCUCUCUUUGAGAACCUGGUUAUUUCUCACAACUUUAACUUUAGUACUUACUUGCCCAAUUAACUAUUUCAUAUCAUAUGUUAAAAAGCUCUCAACUUUAAAGCUAACUAAAAAGAAAAGCUCUCUGGGUAAGAAGAAAGCAGCAGCUAAACUGAUCUUCGGUAUUGGGUUGCAAUUGGAAUGCCGAACCUCUCCCAGGUUCAUCAGUGAAUGAUUGGCAUCUUCCUCGUGAUCUUUGUCUUUGUUCCAGAAAAAAAAAUGGCAGCUCUGGUCAUUGCUGCAACAAGUGAGAAACUGGCUGAAACUGAUUGGAUAAAAAAUAUUGAAAUCUGUGAAUUAGUCGCUCAUGAUAAAAGGCAGGCUAGAGAUGUCAUCAAAGCUAUAAAAAAGAGGUUGGGUUACAAGAAUCCUAAUAUUCAACUUUAUGCAGUUUUGUUGCUGGAAAUGUUGAUGAACAAUAUUGGAGAUCAUGUUCACCAGCAGGUGAUUGAUACAGGAAUCAUCCCUAUUCUUGUAAAAAUUGUGAAGAAAAAAUCAGAUUUUCCUGUAAGGGAGCGGAUAUUUCUGCUACUAGAUGCCACACAAACAUCCGUUGGCGGUGCUUCUGGAAAGUUUCCACAGUAUUAUAAUGCAUAUUAUGAUUUGGUGAGUGCUGGGGUGCAGUUUCCUCAAAGGGAUCAAGUGACCCCAUCAAAUCGUUCUAAUUCUCAACUUAAUGGGAUUAACAAUGUACCGAACACAGAUCAGGCCCCGACCAGACAUCAGCAAGCAGAGUCCCAAACGGUUGCUGAAUCUAGCAUUAUACAAAAGGCUAGUAAUGCGUUAGAAGUUUUAAAAGAAGUCCUUGAUGCCAUUAAUGCCCAGCAUCCUCAGGCAGCAAAAGAUGAAUUCACUCUUGAUCUUGUUGAGCAGUGUUCAUUUCAGAAGCAAAGGGUAAUGCAUCUUGUGAUGACUUCUCGUGAUGAAAGGAUAGUUUCUCGAGCAAUUGAAUUAAACGAGCAACUCCAGAAAGUUCUUACAAGACAUGAUGCACUUCUUUCGGGCAGAGCCAUGACAAUAGCUAAUCACUUGGAGUGUGAAGAAGCAGAAGAGGAAGAAGAACCAGAACAGUUAUUCCGGAGAUUACGCAAAGGAAAGGCUUGCGCAAGGCCUGAAGAUGAAAACAGGGAACCUGAGUUUCCUCACUUUGGUUUGCUUGAAGAGAGACUAAAUCGGCCGUUAAUAAGACCACUAUCUUUGGAGCCAUCUCGAGAAGCUAAUAAUUGUCCUGCACCUGCUGUGAUUCCUCCUCACAUGGCAAUUCCACCACCACCUUCAAAACACAUUGAGAGGGAGAGAUAUUUUCAGGAAAAUAAAAAGGAUGGUGCUACUUUGGCUGGCCACUUGAGAGGCCUUUCCUUGCAUAGUCACAAUGGCAGCAGCUCUCACAGUGGAAGCUUUGAUUUUAGUGAUUGAUCUUUUAACACAAACACAUCUUUUUUAACCUUCUACGGUAUUGGAAUUGAAGUUAGUGAUUUCUGUGCAGUCCUUUUUCGUGUGUUGGAGUGAGAGAUGGGGGGUUAUAGCUUAUAAGCCUGCUUCAGUUUGUAGGGAUGCAUGUAAUUAAGGAGUUUCUGAGAUCAUGUGCCAUGAAACCCGAAGUUUUGUAAGUUCCAAGUCCUAGUGUGAUAAUGUUUUUUCUUUUCUAAUCUCUAGGAAACUAUAAAAUAUUUUCUUCUCUCAACUUACAAGCUCUUAAUAUAUUUUUCUUACACCAA